AUGUCCUGGUCCUGCCUUGGGCUUGCCCUAGCGCUGGCCUUUUCCGUAGCCGCACUUGAUUCGCUUGAGGAUGCAAAUUGCCCCAUCCUUGGUGAAAGCUUCGCCGCAGCUGGUGACGAUGUCGGCUUGCACCUCCUUCAACUUCGAGGGCAAAACCAAAGUGGAAACGAAGGAGCUUCUUCUCAUGACGGGUGCUUCCAUGAGGUCAGGAAACUCAUGCGCUUCGACGCUAAGCUGAGCCUGCGGCAGCUGCAGAAGAUACAGUUUUUCACGGAGGCAGUUUUGUCCUCCGGGAGUGCCGAACGCGUCCUCGACAGCACGACUGCCCGGCGUAAACUCGCAUCAGACAUCCUCGAGCAUACGGCAGCUAAUGGCACAGAGGCCGCCUGUGGUCCGACAGUCAGCUGGCUAGCGGAGUUGCACUUGGGGAUCGAAGGCGAGCUGCUUUUGAAGAUCCCGAGCGUGUCGACCUGGCCGUUAUGGCAGACGCGUGCCGAUGUGCUGAGCAGCUUCGCGCAACGGAGGGGCUCGAAGGAGGAGACUUUUUGGUUGAAGAUCGACCUCGGGAUCCCAAAAACCCUACCGUUUUAA